AUGGUGACCCUUUUCCAGGGAGUGGGAGCUUCCACAGCAUUCUCUGCCUCCAACAAAUUCCACUUCCCAUCUCCUAGAUCCCUCUCAGAGAGGAAAGGUAGCAUAUUUAUUGUUAGAUCUGAUGCUAGGUUGAACAACCUCCUCAACUCAGGAGCUAGUAAGCCUCAGAGGUUGAUUACUAAUGCUGUUGCAACAAAGGCAGACAGUUCUACAUCAUCAAAAGCUGGGCAUGAACUUCUCCUUUUUGAAGCCCUACGUGAAGGUUUGGAAGAAGAAAUGGACAGGGAUCCCCGUGUAUGUGUCAUGGGUGAAGAUGUAGGUCACUAUGGAGGAUCUUACAAGGUGACUAAAGGCCUGGCUCCCAAGUUUGGGGACCUAAGGGUUUUGGACACUCCAAUUGCAGAGAACUCCUUCACAGGCAUGGGCAUUGGAGCUGCCAUGACUGGUCUGAGGCCAAUCAUUGAGGGCAUGAACAUGGGAUUUUUACUUCUGGCAUUUAACCAGAUCUCCAACAAUUGUGGCAUGCUCCAUUACACAUCUGGAGGUCAGUUUAAAAUACCAGUUGUUAUUCGUGGACCCGGUGGAGUUGGGCGGCAGCUCGGGGCUGAGCAUUCACAGCGACUGGAGUCAUAUUUUCAAUCAAUCCCCGGAAUCCAGAUGGUGGCUUGCUCAACCCCUUACAAUGCCAAGGGGUUGAUGAAAGCUGCAAUCCGAAGUGAGAAUCCUGUGAUACUUUUUGAGCAUGUGUUGCUCUAUAACCUCAAGGAGAAAAUCCCAGAUGAAGAGUAUGUAUUAUCACUCGAAGAAGCUGAGAUGGUUAGGCCUGGGGAGCAUGUCACAAUAUUAACCUAUUCCAGGAUGAGGUAUCAUGUAAUGCAAGCUGCCAAGUCAUUGGUUAACAAAGGGUAUGAUCCUGAAGUAAUUGACAUAAGAUCUUUGAAACCAUUUGACCUUCACACAAUUGGGAAUUCAGUGAAGAAGACUCAUCGUUUGCUAAUUGUGGAAGAGUGCAUGCGCACAGGUGGAAUUGGUGCUAGCCUCACAGCUGCUAUUACUGAAAAUUUCAAUGACUAUUUGGAUGCUCCUGUUGUAUGUUUAUCCUCUCAGGAUGUGCCAACUCCAUAUACAGGGACAUUGGAGGAAUGGACUGUGGUUCAACCUGCUCAGAUUGUCACAGCAGUUGAGCAACUCUGCCAGUAAUUUAUCAAAAAUAUUACUUCCAAUAAGGAUAUGGUUCUGGUAAAGCUAUAGCUAGAACCUUGUUUGCAAUUUUCUCAUUUCCUCCUUUUCUUUCACUUCUAAAUCCCCAUAACCUAAACUUUUCUAUUUAAUUUUAGAUAUCCUUUGCAAUUUUUUAUAAAUUACAAUU